ACUCAAAGGACUAUGCGUUGGGGGUAAUUUCAUGCCAACCACUUCCUCUUUCACUACAGGAUUAUACCUAGGGUAGUAAACAAGGAAGAAAAGAACUUAAUGCAUUGUCAUCAUUCUGUGAUACACGGAUUUGUGGGCAUGAUGUACAUGGCCACAACACUGACUUUUCUCUUUUACUAACCACUAAACUUAUUUGGCUGAAGUCUGUGCCCAAACUGCAUGCAUGAACUUCAACUGAAUAUAAGCUACCCCAGAAACCUAAAACCAUAGAUAAGUUUUAAACUGUCAUGUUUUUGCAAUCCCAAAAACACUAUUUUUAUAUGCCAGUCAUUGAUGGGUUGUAUUUCCAAAACAGAGCAUAUCAAUUAAUAUAGUAUCAUCAAACCUUGCAUUCAUGUACAACUUGGUAUUGUGGCGUGUUGUAUACCAUAACUAGGUCAUUGUGACCUAUAUUGCAUGUAUAACUGUACAUUAAAGGAAAACCUUGUCCAACCUAUAUCUUCCCCCUAUCAAUUAAUAUAAGAUCAUCAAACCCUGCAUGCAUGUACAACUUGGGAUGGUAGUGUAUUGUAUACCAUAACUAGGUCAUUGCAACCUAUAUUUCACACAUAACUGUACAUUAAAAAAAAAACCUUGUCCAUGCCAUAUUUUCCCUAUCAGCUAAUAUAGUAUCAUCAAACCCUGCAUGUAAAUACAACUUGGGAUGGCGGUGUGUUGUAUACCGUAACGAGGUCCCUGCGACCUAUGUUUGAUGGGCGUAUCAUGUUCCUGUGUGGGUUUUUUGUAACAUGCAUUUGUCUGUAAUGAGCUUAUUGUUAAUUAAAAUUCUGUCGUAGCUGCUAAACCUGAAAAUAGUGUUUGAGACAUACCAAACUGAAAAUGCUGAAUACCAACAACGGAUCUCUCAGUUGAGUUCUGAGAAUGAUAAGCUGUCUCUGGAAAUCCUGCAACUCCGCUGUGUGGUAGAACAAAAGGAACUGCUGCGAGUUGAGAUGGAGGAACUGAACGCAGAGAUCACUCAGCUAAAAUCAGACAAGGACGAUCUUCGUCUGGAAAUCAGUCACCUGAAGCUACUCCUUGAGGAGAAGGAGAUUGUGCAGACCGAGUGUGAACGAGUGAAGGAUGAGAUUGGACAAAUGAAAACGUUGCUUCAGAAUCGGAUGGAUAGAGUGGAGAGUUUAAAAGAGGAAAAUUCAAAACUUCAAGAUUGUGUUGAAGAGUUAAAAAUGGAAAAUGAUGAUUUGAAACAAGUCAGACAUGAAUAUGAUGACUUAAAAUCAAGGGCAAGUUGCGAUUAUACAUUCUUUUUAAACAUCGGGGUUAGAACACUAUUUUAUUUUUUAUUUUGCUUUUCCUCUUUGUUAGUUUAACAAUUAAAAAAUGUCCCCUGUUUUCCUCUUGUUAGAAUAAAGGUCUGCUUUUUAUUUGCCUACCCAAAGUUUUAGAUUAUGGUAAUGUAGUCACUGUAUUCAUCCAACCUUCCAACCUUCCAACCUUAUGUAGUCACAAUGUUUUUGUAAAAUGUGUAACAGACUGUUAAUAAGUGUUAAGCAAGAAAAAUAUUCUGAAUUGCAAAGUGUGGUCAGUUUGAAGUAGUUGGAGCCUUGAAAAAUAAAAUCACAUGACCAAAUAUAUUCCUUUUUUCUCUCUUUUUUUUCUAGUUUCAAAUUUUGUUUCCAUAAAUAGUAUGAGUGGUGUUUUAAAUAUGAAAUUAUAAAUUAUUACUCUGCAGUUUGAGUCGGUGCAAAAUGACUUGAAAGAAGCAUCACAGCAAACUGAAAACCAACAGGUCAACAGUUCUAAAGACCAUAAUGGUCGUCUUGAUGAACUACAUUCUAACACUGGAACUCUUCAAGAGGGGGACAGAAACUCACAAGCUCAUUUACAGAAUUCUGAAAACACUAAUCCACUUCAGACGAGGGGAUUUUCAGACAGUAACUUGCAACAGGAAAUAGAUGAGCUAGAAGUCCGAGUGGAACACUUAGAGGCAGAAAGACAAUCGACGGCACAGACUACCAAUGAUUGUAACAAGACUUCACCACAGAGAGCACACGGGACUGGGAACCUGGAAGUAGAAGCAAUAGAUAAGAAAGUUAAUGAAGAAGAAACUGGCCAUACAAAUCCAUCUGUACCUACCACUGAUCAACACGAGAUGACUAGUUCAGCUGUUACUGUAGGGCCUGCGAGAAGCUAUGAACAGUUUCUUACUGAAUCUGGUCUGACAAAACCUGAACAGUACAUUAAACCCAGACCACGGUCGGUACAGUCAGGUGCCCAAGAAUGUAAAUCUGAUCAUUUGAUGAGAUCUUGCAACUGUCAGACUUCAGAAAAUCCUCCUGGUCAAUCAGAAUCAGAAUCUACUGAGUGUAAAGACAAAGAAAUUCUGCCUGAGCAACCAGCGGAAAUAAAGAUACUGCUGUCCCGCUGUAGGGAAUUGGAAAAACUGAAGUCGGACCUUCAGGCUGAGCUAAAGGUUGCUCAGUCAAAGUUGAAUAAAAUUGUGGAUCUUGAAUCUGAAAAUGAACACCUUCAGGAGAAACUUUCCUCCUUGUACUCGGAGCAUCAGAAGAUGGAAUCGUUGGAGGUGAGAACCGCAAGCCUGGAGAGGGAGUGUGAAGAGAAAAAUAUAGAGAUCAGAAAGUUGAAGUAUCAGAUUGAAUCUCUUGAGUCUCUCGAGCUGGAGAACAUUGAGCUGAAGCAUCAGGUGGAAGGGAAGAUUCUCGAACUUCAGUUUCUCACUUCAGGGGAUCUCAGUGGGAUGAAGUCCAGACUUCAGAAGUUAGCCAGUGUGGAGAGAGAGAACCGUGUACUAAAUGAACAGUUGGAGGAAAAGAUGGCUGAAUUGGAGAGAUUUAAAAGACUGUAUUACAGUUUGUUAAAUAAGACCAACUGUGCACCAACUAGAGAGUCGGGUCAAAUCCUGAGAAGUAAUUCACUUAGCGAUGUUCAGAAUAAAAGGAUGGAUGAACAAGAAUAUGAAGUGGGUUGUCUCAGAUGUAGAAACUUAAAUUUGAAUAGUUCUGCAACACACAAAUUUGGUCAUCUUGAAGAAGAAAAUAAACUCUUGAAUUUACAGUUACACCAUCAGAUGAAGAAGAGCCAGCCUCAGGAAUGUAAUACUGUUAGUAGUCAAACUAAUAUACACAUUGAAUAUAACCCUAAUUAUCCUGCUGUAGAUAUGUCCACUCCAGAUACAUCCAACACAGCUACUUCCAGUACAUCAAACAUGACUACUUCCAGUACAUUAAACAUGGCUACUUCUAAUACAUCAAACUUGGCUACUUCCAAUACAUCAAAUGUAGCUGCUACCAGUACCUCAACUCUGCCUGCUGUACAUUCUUCCAGUAAAACUGUUAAUCACCACACACCUUCUAUCAGUUUGGAAACAUCAUCAAAGUCAUCAGAUGCUUGUACAGAGGAACCAGUUAAAAGUGUUCCAGUAAGUAAAACUGUUAAUGCAUCAGUCUCUAGAACUGUCUGCAAAGCUCCAAGAGAUGCAUUUGUUGAGGAUGAUCCAAACAGCUUGUUGAAGACUUUGCGCUCCAAGCUGGAGAAGUUACAAGAAGUGGAGGCCAAAAAUCUCACUGUGCAAACGAAACUUGAAGAAUCGGCCACACUGCUGAAACACAGGGUAAAUCACUUGGCGUGUUGCACUGAUAGAUCACCAUGGUCGUGGGGCACACUCAUGUUCAGCACUUCUUCACUUUUACUGUCUGUGGCAAAAAACUAAUUUUUGUAAAAUGGUUUGUGUUCUAGAGACUUGAAAAAAUGAGAUGUUGGGCUCUUUGAUUUUGAAAGUCAUGUGCAUUUCUUACUUGAUUUUGUAAAAUACUAGUGCACUAUAUACUGUAUUAUUUUUUAACAACAAUGUACCAUUCAUAAACUUGAACUAUAGUCCAGUGUUGUGAUUCUUUUGUUGAUAACAGUCUUGUAUUUUUCUUUCUAUGUGCAAAAUGUAUUUUCAUUGCUUUGUUUGUUUUUUAAAAAACCCACCAUAUUAAGUUGCAACCUAUAUCCUUUCAUCAUAUAGAUUUUUGGUACUACUAAUAGCUAUGUUAGUAAUACAUGUAUAUAUUUGCUUGUCUUUCAUUGUUACAGCAUAGAUAAUGUUUGCUGAUCACUUGACCUGUAGUGAUUUGUUUUUAAUUUUAGAGUGAACUGUUUCAAAAUGUACAAACUAGAAACAAUCCUGGCUUACUGCUAUAUUCAGUUUGGUUUAAUGACAUUCAGUUUGGUUUAAUGACAUUCAGUUUGGUUUAAUGACAUUCAGUUUGGUUUAAUGAUAUUCAGUUUGGUUUAAUGACAUUCAGUUUGGUUUAAUGACAUUCAGUUUGGUUUAAUGACAUUCAGUUUGGUUUAAUGACUGUAUUGUGGUAGUUUUGUAAAACAUCAUACUUAUGGUCUUGUGAGUCAUCUUUAUUUCAGCUUUAUUAACCGGCCUCGGUGGCGUCGUGGUUAGGCCAUCGGUCUACAGGCUGGUAGGUACUGGGUUCGGAUCCCAGUCGAGGCAUGGGAUUUUUAAUCGAGAUACC